ACAAUUGUAUCUACAAAAUGCUGUGCUGACUUUAACGUUCAUAUAAUUAUCUAUGUUUACAUUUCAUUUGCACUUUUAUACAUGUAUAUCUCAUAUACACUAACAGUAACUGUGCUAUAAUACUACUUUUUAGUAUUUUUAAGUAGUUUAUUUUGUACCGUUACUAUUUUUCUUUUUUUUAAUCGAUAUUUAAGUGUGAAGGCACCGUAAGCAUUCUGCGCAAUUUGGUUGUAUUCCCUGGAAUGACAAUGAAGGAAUCUUCAGUAUCUGCGCAUCCUGACGCUUCUUAACACGACCACACCUCACGUGCCAAAGACGCCGCUCCCGGAUGUAGACGCGGACACUAUCCUCUGCCGGUGCCCUUGCCUCUUACGCCAGCGUUUAGCGGCAGCAGCCCCCUGGGGAGUUAAAUGGCAAUGGCAGCUGUGGUGAGGAGCACCGUGCGACUCGGACCGGUGUAUACUGUACGGAUCCCACGGGCACGGAGGCUAUGCGCGUCCACGCAGCCAGGAAAGGGGGUUGUAAAACCACUGGAUGGUAUCAGAGUCUUAGAUCUGACUAGGGUUCUUGCUGGUCCCUUUGCUAGUAUGAUACUGGGAGACCUGGGUGCUGAGGUGAUAAAGGUGGAGAAGCCAGGUUCUGGGGACGACACAAGAUCAUGGGGCCCGCCAUUUGUAGGGAAGGAAAGCACUUAUUUCCUUAGUAUCAACCGCAACAAAAAGAGCAUCGCAGUAAAUUUGAAAGAUCCUAAGGGAGCCAAGUUAAUACUGGAGCUUGCGGAAGUUUGCGACAUCCUCAUGGAAAACUAUCUCCCGGGCAAGCUUGGCCAGAUGGGGCUGGGAUACAAGGAUGUUCAGAAGGUGGCGCCCCGGCUGAUCUACUGCUCCAUCUCUGGAUAUGGACAGACUGGGCCAAUGUCUCUGAGUCCUGGUUAUGACUCCAUUGCCUCUGCUGUGUCUGGCAUGAUGCACAUAACGGGCCCAGAGGACGGAGAACCGGUGAGACCCGGAGUAGCCAUGACUGAUCUGGCCACGGGACUGUACACACACGGGGCUAUUAUGGCUGGGCUUUUACAGCGACAGAAGACUGGGAGAGGCCUCCACAUCGACUGUAACCUGCUGUCUUCACAGGUAGCGUGCCUCACUCACAUAGCUGCGAACUACCUGAACGUGGGAAAGGAGGCAAAGCGUUGGGGUACCGCCCAUGAGAGCAUUGUUCCCUAUCAACCAUGUCCUCCAGGUCCUCCGGGAGGGAUACCCAUGUGCUCCCAGGCCAGCCGAGACACACAAUCUCUCCAGUGUGUCCUGAGUCUGCCCUGGGGUCUUCUCCAAACGGACAUGCCCAAAGCAUCUCUCAUAUCAAAAAGGGCUUCAAGACCCAAGAUGGCUACAUUGUUGUGGCUGCUGGAAAUAAUAAACAGUUCGCCCAAGUAUGCGAGAUGCCUUUCAGGAGACCCAAAGUUUAAGACCAACAUGCUACGAGUACAGAACAGGAAGGAGCUGCUAACGAUCCUUGCAGAGAAAUUCUCCGAAAAGAGCACUGGCGAGUGGCUGGGAAAGUUUGUGGGGACCGGCGUGCCCUGCGGUCCUAUCAACAACAUCCAGCGCGUCUUCUCCGAUCCACAGGCUUUGAAAUCUAUGACUCGAGCCAGCUAUCAUCCUGCACUGAACCCUCACGCGCGUGCCACCCUCGUUUUAUAAACUGUACCUCCUCAUUCCCCACUUGAGUGAUUUAUGCAGGAUCCAUAAUCAAUGGAAACUUCAGAAGCGAAAACAGAAAUUUGAACUCUCUCUCACCUGGGAGGAUUUCCGUAAAGACACAGUGUUUUGAUUAUUACAGAUCUCAGUUUUUUCUUCCACUUGCAGCACGGAAUUUUCUCCUGUUAUUAUAUUUUUAUUUGAAUUAAAUAUGUUUAAAUGAAAGUUAAACAUCAUGAUCUGACUCAAACUGCAUAUCUAACCCUAACCCAGUCCUCAGGGACCCCCAAACAGUCCAAGUUCCGCUCCCUCCCAGCUUCUGACAUACCUGAACCAAAAAAUAAUGUGGGCUGUGUGGGGUUCCCUGUGGACUGGGUUGAGAAACACUAACAUAAACUAUGCUAAUCUGACAGUGGCUUCUUCAUCCCAAGUGUAUCACAUGCACUACAAUUAUCUGAGAUGUUUGCACCUGCUAGAAGCCCUAUUUCAGAUGAAUGGACGAUCUGUAAGUGAAAAGACAGAUUUUUUUUUUUGCAGUUUUUUAAAAGUGAGUGUGUUUUUCCCCCAAACAUUAGAAGGUACUGGAUGUGUUAAGGCAUUUAGCCGAAUGGGAAGUCAAGUAGCAGAAAAAGAUGCACUGCAUGAUAGCGCUAAUUAGCCUGUGAAAUUCAUGCCUCUCCCUGAAGGGUCCGUCUGUGCAUUCAGCUGUGUCUUUCACUGGGAGCGCUGUCUGGUCUCUCUUUAGCUUACUCAGGCACAAUAUAUCUUAGUGCAUUGUGCAAUGUACAGAUGGGCUAAAUCAAUCCUGCCCCAGCAGUAUGGCAUCACUCAAAGUGCCACAAAAGCCCUUGUGUCAUUAGUGGGGUUUUUAGGAUGUUGUUCACAUUGGUGCUUCAUUCACUUUCGAAAGAGUUUAAGGAAGUAUUAAUUAGGGAAAAGGUAAGAUAACGACUGACAAGUUUGUUUCACAGCAUAACCGGGAAUUUUGGGUAAAAUGCAUUUCUCGUUACCACUGUACCUUCAUAAGCAACUUUGCAAAACACAUUUUUCAUCUGCAUUAAUUUAAAAGGUUUUUAAUCCAUAUUCUUUAUUCUUUUUCAUCCUAUGUUCAGAAAUGUGGCUGCUGUACUAUUAAAUUAUUGUUUACAAAAACAUUGAGUUGUUGCAUUCAAAAUAGAGGAUUAUUUUUCAUGUUGUGAUGUUGUAAAUAGUGUAAAAGAAACAUUCAUCCAUCCAUUCCUCCCUCAUCCAUUUUCCUAAUGCUUUUACUGGGUAGGGUAGAAACAUAAUAGAAAAAUAUGUAAAUAGUACUUAAUAUCAUGAGCAUUAGACAUAUAUGUUUAACAAAUCUGUUGGAGUUUUUUGAGGAAGCUACUCAAGAAGUUGGUGAUAAGAAGGCCUAUGAUGUCAUCUACUUAGAUUUCCAAAAGGCUUUUGAUGUUGUCCCC